AGUGCCUAAGUUACCAUGUAACUCGCUUCGCGAACUGCUUUAGGGCCGGUUGUGUCGCGUUGAUAAUGUAAUCCGAGACCACAACAAUUAAUACUCGUCGCGGUCCAACAUUGGAUUCAAGAGAAUUAUUCACCGUUCAUCGUUCACCUUCCCAUUAUUCAGCAGUCGACGAUGUCUUCGAGUCCAUCUUCGUCGUCACCCAUACUGUUUGCAAUGUCAUCGGCUCCAGCAAGUACAGCUGGCUCAUCGCCUCCCCCCAGUGAAGAAAAACGGUUAGGCAGAGCACACAAGAGCACACGCGAGUCCUCAGAGGUGUUAGAAACAAUAGAAGACGAGGAAUUUCGGGAACGCUUCUCUCGCCUCGAACGCCUUCUCGAAAAGUCUUUCACGUACUCCAAACUUUUAGGAGCGCAAAUGGACAAGGAAAAGCGUGCAUGUGCACUCCGAGCCGCCAUGCAAGCCGCUGCACCCUCAAAACCACAGUCUUCGAGAAGGCGUCUUCCAAGGCGUGGAAAGAAACGCUCACGCAUAGAUGAGUCAGAUGAGGAGGGGGCGCCUCCUGUGAAACCACAGAUUCAGGAACCUCUUGUAGUUGAGGGGGAGAACGGGCAGCGACCAAAGUUCCCUCAACCUGCAUUAGUCACAGGGGCGAAGUUAAAGGAUUACCAAUUGGAAGGAGUAGAAUGGAUGGUUAGUUUAGAUAAAAACGGCGUUUCUGGUAUCCUUGCGGAUGAGAUGGGUUUAGGCAAGACCCUGCAAACGAUUGCAUUCAAUGCACACCUGCGCGGCCUCGGUCAUUACCAACCUUUCCUUAUCGUCUGCCCCUUGAGCGUCCUUCAUAAUUGGAUAGAGGAAUUUCAGAAAUUUGCGCCUACUAUACCCGUCUGCAUGUAUCAUGGCACGCCAGCUGAGCGUGCUAAUAUUCGCCGGACUAUCAUGCGAGCACCGGACACUCAAGAAGCAGACGAUGAAGAGGUUAUGGUCAAGACGCAACGCAAUAACAAGGGCAAGGGCAAGAAAGCUCCUGCCCGUAAAGCUCCUCCGCCGAAGCGCAAAACAAAAGGCAGACCUGCUAAGAGACGCAAGACAGACACCGACGAGGAUAGAUUACAGGCAGAUGAAGACGACGAAGAUACCUCGUAUGUCGAGGACACCCGUAUACCCACUACUAGCGAUACCCUCCCUCCACAGACCCGUGCCUCUUUCCCUGUUGUUGUCACCACCUACGAAAUGAUUCUCAAGGACCGUAUAUACCUUUCCACUUAUAAUUGGGGCUAUAUCGUUGUAGAUGAGGGGCAUAGAUUGAAAAAUCUUGACUGCAAGCUCAUGCAGGAGAUCAAGAAAUAUCCGAGCGCAGGUCGGAUGAUUCUGACGGGAACACCAUUACACAAUAAUUUGGCAGAGUUGUGGUCAUUAUUAAAUUUUAUACUACCUGAUAUUUUUGACGACCUGGAUACAUUCCAGGAAUGGUUCAACCUCGGAACCAUGCAAUCUCGCCUCUCUGCAGACCAAUCGUCUCAGUUGAUUGGCACCCUUCAUGGUAUCUUGAAGCCUUUCCUCCUUCGACGACUUAAGGCGGACGUCGAAGGCCUCCUUCCACCCAAGAAGGAAUAUGUUCUGUACGCCCCGCUUAGCAUAGGUCAACGCAAUUUGUACGACAACAUCCUUGACGGGUCGUUACGAAACUUUCUUCUUGGCAUUUCCAAAGAAGCAGCCGUCGAGAAGGUUGUCGAGAUCGACUUGGAUGCGCCAAUGAAGCUCCGGAAGCCGAAAAAGACACGAUACGAUGCUGAUGGCAACGACGACGAGUACUUUGAGAUGCUCGAGGACGGUGGAGGCUCCACGGUUAAGGAGCUAGAGGAGGACGUCUCUGAGAUGGCGAAACAACAUCAGCAACUUGCGACUCGGAAACAGAUCAACAACAUGAAGCUUCAGAAUGUUGUUAUGCAGCUACGCAAAGUCUGCUCCCACCCGUUUUUGUUCCACUGGCCUGUCGUCCCAGGCACUCAGGAGCUCGUGCUUGACGAGCAGUUGGUAAACGCCAGCGGAAAGAUGAUGAUCCUCGAUCGUUUACUAGAGGAACUGUUCCGCAGGAAACACAAAGUUUUGUUAUUCAGUCAAUUUACUACUAUGUUAGAUAUCCUUGAGGACUGGGCUACCGAACUAAAAGGCUGGUCUAUCUGUCGUAUCGACGGGUCAACAGCACCUAUGGACCGCCGCGAACAGAUGAACAAGUUUCAGCAAGGAGGCAGCUCUCGCGACGCUCCGAAGUUGUUCCUCCUUAGCACUCGCGCAGGCGGCCUAGGCAUCAAUUUAACAGCAGCUGAUACGGUGAUAUUUUAUGAUCAAGACUGGAAUCCGCAGAUGGAUAUCCAAGCUCAAGAUCGAGCGCAUCGUAUCGGUCAGACGAAACCCGUUUUGGUGUUUCGACUCGUUACGGCGCAUACUAUCGAAACAAGGAUCAUGCAUCGUGCGACUGAGAAGAGGAAGCUUGAGGCACUUGUGAUAGCCAAGGGCAAAUUCAAGCUCCCCGGACAAGGGGUACCUCAAUCAAACCCCCAAUCAAUGACAGAACUCGCAGCUGAUCUUUUGAAGCUUGAAGGCGAGCAGAUCGACGUGGUGACGAAUACGUCUGUGGAGAGUAAGAAACGGGUGUUGUCAGAUGAAGACCUCAAUAUGUUGCUUGAUCGGAGUGAGGCUGUAUUCGCGGACAGGAAGAAGGGAUGGAAGAGCGAGGAGAAUGGAGCUGGGAAGCGUGCGGCGUUUGCUGUAUAUGAGGCGCCUGUGCACGAGGGGAAUGAUUUGGUGGCUAAGAUCAUGGGGGAGGACGUCCCUGAGUGUUGAGUGUUUGGUGGGGAUGUGUGUUGUGUGUUGUGCAUGUGGAUUACUACAGUUAAUAAUUGCGAUGCUGUACAUGGACGCUUAACUCGCUGUACAUAGAUCAUCAGAUGAAUGCUAUUAACACGCGUUCCGUUUA